AUGUACAAUCAAGCACGGUUGUGGCGAAAGUAUUGGUGGUACUGUUGGUUGCCGAUAGUGCUACACUCCUGUUACUUUGCUUCCUGUGGCAGUGCGGAUCGUGGCACGGUGCUGGUGGAUGUGAAAAAAAGUCGCGUAUGGGGCCCGGGCGUAGAGAUGCCAGAUCGCGCUACACUGCCGGCACGUUACUUUUUCAUCGAACCAAGAGAUGCCGACAAUCAGAAAAUCAAUGCGUCGCAAAAGUACGACGUACACAUCAUCGGACAGUCCCGGUUCGGAUCGUGCCGAUACCGGCUGAAUCAGAUUGAUCGUCACGAUGGUUCGAGCAUCGUUCGUUACCGGCUGGCAGAAUCGUGCAGUGACGUCACGAUACACGUGCGCCACAACGAUAUCCACCUGAACGGGUCUCCGUUCUCCAUUCCGGGCACACUAUACUCGGAACAGUGCUACUGUCCACAAGGGUCUGUCGAAGAGUGGCUUGAAACUGUUGGCUGUCCUGCCGGCGAUCCGCAGAUCGAUAUGGAUCUGAUCCCGUUUCGCGCGAUCAAUUUCUCCAGCCUGCGUACACGCAUGAUCCAGCAGUACGAUAAACCGGGAAGCAUUUCCCACUGCAACUACGUCAUUCUGCGCAACCAGGUGCAUCGCCGUUGCUAUGGUCAACACACCGGAUUUAGUAAGUUUAUGGACACAAUCUUGCUUUCCUUGGCGCGCAAAUUCACCCUGCCCGAUAUGGAAAUGUUUGUAAAUCUGGGUGAUUGGCCGCUAGUGAAAAAAGGUGGCCCAAGUCGUACCACCGGACCGUAUCCGAUUUUUUCCUGGUGUGGUAGUGACGAUACGUUUGACAUUGUAAUGCCAACGUACGACAUUACCGAAUCGACGCUGGAAAAUAUGGGCCGGGUAAUGCUGGACAUGCUGUCGGUACAAAAGCGAGGACUACCGUGGGUAGAAAAACAUCCCAAAGCAUUCUGGCGUGGACGAGAUGCACGACGUGAACGGCUCGAGCUGGUCGCUUUGUCCCGUCGCUAUCCGGAGCUGUUGAACGCGUCGCUAACGAACUUUUUCUUCUUCCGGGAUGAGGAAAGUGAAUUUGGACCGCGUGUGGCACACAUUUCGAUGCACGAUUUCUUCGAUUAUCGGUAUCAGGUGAAUGUGGAUGGUACGGUCGCGGCGUACCGGUUGCCCUAUCUGUUGGCCGGCAGUUCGGUGGUGUUGAAGCAGGAUUCUUUCUACUAUGAGCACUUCUACCGGAAGCUGGUACCGAUGCGCCACUACAUACCGUUCGAGGCGGAUCUGUCUGAUUUGGUGCAGCGGAUCGAAUGGGCCCGGGAAAACGAUGAAAAGGCGAGAGAAAUUCGAGAUAAUGCGAACGCGUUCAUUAAUGCCAACUUGCUACCGUUGGACAUUUACUGCUAUCAUGCGUUGUUGUUUAAGGAGUAUGCCAAAUAUAUCGUAAGUCCCAUCCAAGUACAGCCCGGUAUGGAGAAGAUUGAGCAACCGGAAGAAUCGUACCUCUGUCCGUGCGAGCGGACGACGCUUCCGAGGGAUGAGCUGUAAUGGCCAGGGCAAUCGACAACCAUACAGUUACCGCACGUGACGCACGAGAGUUGGAGUUUAGUUUCUUUCUCGGCGGAGCAAACAGAAACCGCAAAACCGUGUUACAACAAAUCGAAACCUAUUCUAUGACGCAACCAGCGAGCUGUGAUCGUUACAUUAUCAUUUCCAGGAGGGCAUUUUCAGUUUUUUUC